AUGCCAUCUGACAAGAAACGCAAAGCCGUGGAUGAACUCCCAGCCAAGGAGAAGCAAAGGGCCACCUCAUCUUCGCAACCUCAACCAACAACCUCGACCAAAGCAAAUCCAAAAUACGUCUACAUUGUACAAAGUCUGGACGGAGACCCCUACCGGACAUUCGAACAAGACAUACACGGCGUCUAUACCGAUCUCAAAACUGCACAUGCGGCGGCUCAUGACUAUUACAACAACAACUCGGGAUGGGGUCCGUUGACCUUACCAAAACGUCCUACACCGGAACACGAAAGUUUGCGUCAUGGCAAAUACCGCGAUGUACCUGAUGACGAAGGCGUGGACGAGGACUCAAGCGAUGGGAUCGCAAAUGUCCGUUUACGCCAUGAUGGGGGUCUUCGCUUUGGUACGUGCGACCAGGAAGGACAGAUUUCUGUUACUUGGGUAGAGAGAAGGCAACUGGAUCCUCCCAAGGCCAAAGAAGAGAACCCACCUCAGAAUAUGGCGUCAGCUCGUCCAGCUUACGGAGAAAGCGAUCAGUACGGAGGAGCCAACCAAUGGAUAUUUUGA